GGCAGCCUGCACAUUUGCCACGCUUGUCUUGUAAUUCCUUCCCUUUUAUACUUCCCCCCCCCCCCCGCAACUUACCGGCAAACUUACUCUAGAAACAUGUCCGGGCGACACAACAACAAGCUGCCGAACAAUCUGCCACAACUGCAGAACCUUAUCAAAAGAGACCCACAGUCUUACGUGGAUGAGUUUCAGCAGCAGUUCCGACACUACCAGUCCAACCUGCAGAUCUUCAAGCUGCAGCCUGACAAGCCGAACAAGGAGCUGGCAGAUCUUGUCAUGUUUCUCGCUCAGGUCGGCCAUUGCUACCCGCAGCCACUGUCCACCUUUCCACAAGAGCUGACCGGUUUAUUAAUGAGUCACCACACAAUGAUCGAGCCGGACCUACGAAUGACUUUCUGCAAAGCGUUGAUUCUCCUGAGGAAUAAAAAUCUGAUCGACCCCACUUGCCUCCUGGAGCUUUUCUUUGAGCUGCUGCGAUGCCACGACAAACUUCUCAGAAAGACGCUGUACACACACAUCGUGGCCGAUAUCAAAAACAUAAAUUCCAAGCACAAGAACAACAAAGUUAACACAACGUUACAGAACUUCAUGUACACCAUGCUGAGGGACAGUAAUCCCAUAGCAGCAAAGAUCUCCUUAGACGUGAUGGUGGAGCUUUACAAAAGAGACAUAUGGAGUGAUGCCAAAACAGUAAAUGUCAUUACAACAGCGUGCUUCUCCAAAGUCACUAAGAUCGUUGUAGCCGGUCUCAAAUUCUUUCUGGGCAAAGAUGAGGAUGAGAAAAAUGACAGCGAUUCAGACUCUGAGGAUGAGGGACCAUCAGUCAGAGACCUGAAGGUGAGGUACUCCACUGGCAAGAAAAGCUGCAAAAACAAGAAGAAGAUGGAGAAGGCGAUGAAAGUCCUCAGGAAACACAAGAAAAAGAAGAAGCCGGAAGUGUUCAAUUUCUCUGCCAUUCACCUCAUUCACGACCCGCAAGAUUUCUCUGAGAAACUCCUGAAGCAGUUGGAAGGCUCGAAGGAGCGCUUUGAGGUGAAGAUCAUGAUGAUGGAGUUCAUAUCCCGGCUGGUUGGAAUCCACGAGCUCUUCCUCUUCAAUUUCUAUCCAUUUGUUCAGAGGUUUCUGCAGCCCCAUCAAAGAGAUGUGACUAAGAUUCUCCUGUGUGCCGCCCAGGCGUCCCACCAACUCGUCCCCCCAGAGAUCAUCGAACCUGUAAUCAUGACUAUCGCCAACAACUUUGUGACGGACAGAAACUCCGGGGAGGUCAUGACCGUGGGCGUGAAUGCCAUCAGAGAGGUGGCGGCCCGCUGUCCGCUCGCCAUCACUGAAGACUUGCUGCAGGACCUCGCUCAGUACAAGAUGCACAAAGACAAGAAUGUGAUGAUGUCUGCCAGAGGACUGAUCCAGCUGUUCAGAAGUCUUAACCCACAGAUGCUGCACAAGAAGGACAGGGGGAGACCCACAGAAGCAUCGAAGGAGGCCAAGAUCAAAGACUACGGAGAGCUGGAGGCUAAAGAUCACAUCCCUGGAGCUGAAAUCCUGGAGGUGGAGGAGGGGAGCAAAGAGGGAGAGGAAGACGGAGAUGGGUGGGAGAGCGCCAGUAUGAGUGGCGGCGAUGACGACGGGGAGUGGGUGGAUGUCCACCACUCGUCUGAUGAGGAAACGGGAGAAGUGGCGGAGAAGCUUCAGAAUAUACCGGUUGAGGAGAGAGAAGCCAAAGCAGCCGCGGUGAGCGGCAGCAGGCUGCUCACUCAAGACGACUUCAAGAAGAUCCGUCUGGUCCAGCUGGCCAAAGAGGUCAACGGGGCACCAGGCAAGGGCCAGAAAAGGAAGAACGUGGACCUGGACGAGGAGGACGACAGCAGAGGGGAGGUGCUGACCUUGAGGAAUAUUGAGAAACUGCAUAAGAAACCGAAAGACGACAAGGAAACACGCCUGGCAACAGCGAUGGCGGGACGGAGCGACCGGAAGGACUUUGUCAAGAAGCAUCACAAGCUGAACCCACACGCCAGCACCAGCAACCGGGAGAAGAGAAAGACAAAGAACUUCAUGAUGAUGAGACACAGUCAGAAUGUCCGCACCAAAGGCAAACGCUCCUUCAGAGAGAAACAGAUUGCUCUACAGAAUCAACUCCUGAAGAAGAAGAAGCAGUACAAGUAGACGGGACGGACAUGAUGUCAUAUGAUCUUUGUGGUGACAGUCAAAUACUAUUGUACAUCCUUCAAGUAGCCUGUAAAAACAGUCUGGUUUAUUCAUGUUAAACUGCAUACAUUCACACUGCUCUGAAAUAAACAGUUUUUCAAAAUUAC